CUGACCUUGGCCGACAUCAAGGACCGCGUCCUCUACGUCCUCAAGCUGUACGACAAGAUCGACCCGGAGAAGCUCACGGCCGAGUCCCACUUCAUGAAGGACCUGGGUUUGGACAGCUUGGACCAAGUGGAGAUCAUCAUGGCCAUGGAGGACGAAUUUGGGUUUGAAAUUCCUGAUGGCGAUGCAGAGAAGUUGAUGUGCCCACAGGAGAUCGUAGAUUACAUUGCAGAUAAGAAGGACGUUUAUGAAUAA